AUGGGUUACAACUUGCCCCAAGAUCACAAGAAGACGUCCGCCACCGUCUACCCGACAACGGGUCAGCCGUCACGCCGGCGGCCUCCUCCCUGCUCCGACGGCAGCCUACCAGUCAUUGAUGAAAACAACAAGUCCAGAAUUUCAUCAUGCCUCGAAGCCAGUGCCGUUUGUUGCUUAAUCCUAUAUUUUUCUCUCUUUUCAGUGGGAAAAAUAGCUGAUAGUUUGUCCACCUACUCUCCCCACCCCGAAGUCGCUUCGGCAGUUGUGGCGGUUAAACAGAUGAACAACGGGAGCCGAUUAACUGCCGAUUGGGCCUUUACUCUCCGUCUGAACAACGAUAAUUGCUACGAGGCGGUAGUUGUCCACCGAGUCGAGGCUUCCGUUUCACAUGCCGACUCGCCGGACCAGGUGCUCGCCUCAACCACGCAGUCUGGCAGCCUGAACGGCCCCGACGGCAGCACCGGGCUCUUGAAUCUCGCAAUACAUUUAGGGGCGGAGGAAGCGGAUGUUGGAGGGAGCGUGGCGGAUGCCAUCUCCAAGGAAAUCGAAAACAAGGACGGCCGGUUGCGCUUCACAGCUUCGAUUCUUGUUUGGGUGCGAACCACGCCCUAUUUCUUCCCUUAUCGAUAUUACUUGGCGCGGAUUAGUUGCGAGCCGUUCUGGAUCAGAUCUUCCAAUAUCAUAGGCUGGUCCGAAGACAACUACGACGACUACAGGACCAACUGCCACUCUCAUGUGUGA